UUGUUUUAUAUCUCAGAAAGCAAAACUAUCAGGAAUCGCGAGGCUUCAGAAAACGAUGAUGGUAUUGAAUUGGAAACUGAACAGAUUCCAGAAGCUGACGAGUCUAAUGCUACACAAGAUAUAGUCGACGAUAUCAGAGAAGUCAUCGCAACGUUAAACAUCUCAGAAGUACAAAUCGAUGAUAUUGUCAAGAUUAUCGAUGAAGAGUUGAAACGGCGUUUUGGCGAAGAAAUGGAUGAAUUAAAGUUGUUUUUAGCUACUCAAAGGCCAAAAUUAUCUAGCUCAAAAUUGCAUACUUUGCAUAAUUCAGGCGAUAAAGUUGCAGAAUCAAUCGAUCAAUUUCCUGAAGUUCAAAGUGCUGAUAAUAAUUACGAAGAGCAGAUUAGACCACAUGAAAAGCAUACGGCAGACACCCGUCUAAGAUUCGACGAACGUCGUAUCAUUGAUGACUUUCGAAUAAUACAAGAAGAAGUUUCUGAAGGGUCUACUGCAUUGCCUUUGCUAAUCGAAUCUGCUAGAAACGGCAAAAUAAAGACAGAUUACAUGAUUCAAGAGCAAGCUGAAUAUGAUCGGUUAGUAAGUGGAAUUACUGAAAAAACUCCACGGACAGACUACGUUGAUACUAAAACGAGAAGUUCCGCACAUAUAAAAACAACAAGCACUACUGAACCAAAAAGUUUGCAAAUCAUUCCUGCCAUUUAUGGAAAUCCUCUCAGUUCAAGCUUUCGUGAAAAAACGACGUGGCAGCCAAGAAAAACAACGAUUGUUUAUAGAAAAGUAGUCUCAAGUCCCAAAACAGUUUUUGAACGACAAGCAGAAGAUUUUCGCAGUAGACUACUAGGAAAUAAUGGCUUCGGUGACAUUUUGAAGGCGUUGAAACAUGCAAACAUCGGCUUCUAUAGAAGGUUGCUAUGA